AUGCGGGUCAUAUGGGUGACCCGCAAUCCACCCACCAUCCACCCACAUAAGUGCGGGUGGAAGAUUUAACAAUCCUCAAUCCACCCACAUCAAUCAUCCAUUGCAUACGGGUCGGAUUAUUUGCGGGUGAAUCGAUAUCAAUCCGCGGAUUAACCACCCACGUGCCCACCCCUUCGCCCCGCUUUGUCUUUGUGUCUUUGGCAUAUAGCUAAAGUCAACUAUGGCGCCUCUUUUUUCUUUCUUUCCUGUUUUGUCGCAUAAUCCAUCUCAAAUUUGGAUUAUGGCAAACACGCAUUUUAAUUCCAUGGCUCAUUUGAGACCGAGUUGGAGAUGUCCAAAGCGUUAGGAGGGCGUAUGCACCAAUCACAAAUGGCGCGUCUCUAUUGCCGAUUUCCUUCUUUCCCAUGCACGUGUCUUUACGUAGGCACCCUUUUCUUCUUUCUUCCCAUGUUACGCAUAAUCCAUCACCCUUUCUGCUCGGCCAAAAAGAAUAAUCCGUACCAAGGUGAAGUAUUCCACAUGACCAAGUCCUCAAAUGUAACGAUUUUUAAUUCUAUUCCAUAAACAAAUAUAGUCAAAAAUUGAACUGACAUGCAUAGCCAAAUAUAGUCAGCUUUCUCAGUAUAUAUACCUGGCUUCACUAACAUCAUAAGCAAGCAGACUUCAAAGUUGAAGAAAAUAACAGUACUGGCUAGGGCUGUCAUUUCGGUUGCCGGUUAGCGGUUAACCGGCCGGUCUAAUCGUUAACCGCCGGUUAGCGGCUAACCGGAAACCGAAAAAACAGAGGGACGGUCGGUUGACGGAAGGGAUCAGUGGUCAAGCGGUUAGCCGAGAAACCGAAGCCGGUUAACCGACUAACCGACGCUAACCGACCGAGACGAAACGACGUAGUUUUGCCUACCUCUUAAAUAGGCCAACUCCCCCCAACCCUAGCACUGCUGGCCUUCUUCUCCACUUUUCCCUCAACCCUCACCUCUGCCCGCCGCCUCUCAGACCUCUUCUCCACCUUCGGCAGCAAGAUCGAAGGCGCCCCCGCCGCCUCCCCUGCGCCCGCCGCAUCAUGCACCAUCCCUUUCAUCGCCCCCAGCCCCGCCGUCGGCGCCCCCCGCCGCCUCCCCUGCACCCGCCGCCUCCUCCCUUGCUCGGCGCCGACUCGGGCUCACAAACGGCUUCUCGUGAUCGGAUUGAUUCAUGAAGCGAAGGGGAGGUUGAGGCCUGAGGGCGCACAGCGGCGGUGAAAACCCUCGUCGGCACCGCCGACCGCCGCCUUCCCGAGACGCACAGCGGCGGUGAAAACCCUCGUCGAUGUUCUGCUGCGGCGUGGUCCGGGAGGUGGCGAGCCUGGAGCUGGGCCGGCGUGGAGGCGUACUCGGCGGCGGCAGCGGCAGCGGUGGCGUGGAGGCGUACUCGGCGGCGGGUUUCUCUGGAAAGGAAGAAGAUGAUCGAGAGAGUAGGGAGAGAUAGGUUUUCUGUGGAAAGGGAAAAGAAGAAUCGAGAAGUGAGGGGUUAGGAUUGAGUGGUGCAGCUUUUUUGUUUUUUUGUGAAUAAGGUGUUUUCCGGUUGGCCGGCUAACCGAGCCUAAAACCGAAACCGACCGGUCGGUUGGCCGGCUAACCGUGACACACCUCACGGUCGGUGGUCGGUAGUUAUAGGGGAUGGCUCGAUUUAACCGAUAACCGGGUUUUCGGUUAAACCGAAAUCGACCGACUGCCACCCCUAGUACUAGCUAUAACAUCCAACUUCUUCCAUAGUAAACACAGAUCUUAUAGCAUUUUUUCUGAAAGUCCACCAUGGGUAGGCCAUUUUGCAAUAACAUCAUUGUGAAGCGUGGUGAGCCAAUCAUGGUUUCACCACCUCAAGAGGAAAUCAAGGGAAAAGGUGUCUUCUCCCUCUCAUUCCUUGACCACAUUGUAUGUUGGGUACGUACCAUUUACGGGUUCAAGUCGAACGAGAGAGGGAACGAAAUGGCCGGCCAAGUGUUCAAAACGGCCUUGAGCAAACUCCUCGUUCAUUACUAUCCGUUGGCGGGUCGACUGACAGUCGUCUCACGAGAAAAGUUGGCCGUGAGUUGCUACGAGAAAGGUGUUGUUUUCGUGGAGGCUGAGGCUGACUUUGGAGAGAGGAUCCCAUGACUAAGGGGGGUCCUUAGUCACUUGACUAAGCCCCUCCUAGCCAUUAGAUCUAGACACUUCAAUCCAAUGGUUAAAAAGUGGGAAGGGCUACUUAAUUAAUGACAUGGGUAGUUUGGAUAUUAUGGAAAAUUACGAAGUAUACAAACCGAAUUUACAAUCAGUACAAACCAUACAAACAUACGAACAGUACAAACUAGAGCGACAAAACAUACAAACAGAUUUACAAACAUUACAAACGUAUGAACUGUACAAACAAUACAAACUAGACCGACAAACAAUACAAACCAUACAAAAAGAAAAAACAACCGGGUUGACUUUGGAGGCUCCAUCCCUAUAUAGAGGGGCUCCUUCCCAAAGUCAACCCGGGUGUUUUUUAGACAUACAAACAGUACGAACAUGGUGGACAAAAAUGACAAACUAUACCGACAAUCCAUACUAACUAAAAAAAACACCCGGGUUGACUUUGGAGGCUCCAUCCCUAUAUAGAGGGGCUCCUUCCCAAAGUUAACCCGGGUGUUUUUUAGACAUACAAACAGUACGAACAUGGUGGACAAAAAUGACUACCGACAAUCCAUACGAACUAAAAAAACACGCGGGUUGAC